ACCUUUCCAGGACCGUUUCCCGCCAGUAAAGGUUUAUGCAUUGUCUAUUAAUGUCUAAGUGACUGUGCUCCGCGUUAGCAAUGGGCAUUCUCGGACAAAUUGUGAUUGAAAACUUCAAGUCAUGGCGAGGAAAGCACGUCAUAGGUCCAUUUGUUGGUUUUAACUGUAUUAUUGGGACCAACGGAUCUGGUAAGUCCAAUGUGAUGGACGCCAUAAGCUUCGCCGUAGGGGAGAGAAGGUCUUCUCUCCGUGUGAAGCGCCUCUGUGACCUAAUCCAUGGAGCCCACAUUGGACAGCCAGUGUCAAACAGCACCCGUGUUGCCCUGCUGUACCAAGAUGACAUGGACCGGGAGAUCGUCUUCUGUCGGAGCGUCUCGGGUGACUCCUCCCAAUACCACGUCAGUGGCGUUCAAGUUACUCUCAGCCAAUACACUCAGGAGCUUGCUAAGAUUGGAGUCGUCACCAAAGCUCAAAACUGCCUGGUGUUCCAGGGGGCAGUAGAGUCCAUCGCUCUGAAAAACCCAAAGGAGCGGACAAAGAUGUUUGAGUUCAUCAGUCAGUCCAGUGAGGUUAGUGCAGAGUACAACCAGAAGAAAGAGGCCCUACAGAAGGCCACGGAGGACACACAUUUUCAGUUCAACAAAAAGAAAUCUGCUGCUGUGGAGAGGAAACAGAUGUCUCAAGAGAAAUUAGAGGCCCAGAAGUACCAGGCUCUGGUGGAUGAGCUUCACCAAAAGCGCUUGCAGCUGAGUCUGGCUGAGAUUUAUCAUAACGAGAAGGCCAUCGAGACCACCAGUAAAACUCUGAGUGAAAAACGGGACGCUGCUUCUGCACAGGAAGCUGCUGUGCUGGACUGGGAGCAGAGCAUCAAAACGCAAAAGAAGGAACAUGGAAGCCUUGUCAGAGAGCAGCAGCUUCUGGAGAAAGAGACCGGUGCCCAGGAGCACAUUCUGGCCAAGUCUCAGUCUCAGUUCAUCAAAGCCAAGGUCAGCACCUCCCAUCAACUCAAAAAGAUAGAUGAGCUCAGACAUGGCAUUAAAAAGAGCCAGAAACUCUUGGCUCUGAAGGAGCAGGAAAUUGCUGAGAUCCAGCAGGAUAAAGUGAAUCUGGAGAAGACCUGGAGGAUCUACGAGAGACAAUUUCAGGAACAGAGACUGGCCCAGGGGAUGGACAUUGAGCUGGAUGCGGAGCAGCGGCAGCGCUACAAAGAUCUCAAAGAGCUUGCAAGGAAGCAGAAUGCAGUGCUCAGUCAGCAAGUUGAGAAGCUCCACUGGGAAUUGAAGGCGGAUUACGAGAAGGUGGCGUUUGAUGAGCGCAAAAGGAAGGAAGGGGAGGUUGGCAUCAAGACCAACAAGUCUCAGUUGGAUGAUUUGACCCAUAGAGCAGAGAAGCUGGAGGAUUACACCAAGGCCUGCAAGUCAUCCCUCAGCGAGUUCCAUCAACAGGAAGAAAGUUUGCGAGCAGAUUUGCAGAGUGGCUGCCAGCGCACUGCUCAGGUGAACAUGGAGCUGGCAAAUGUUCUAGAGGAGCUUAGGAAUGCACGCCUGGACAGGCAGGAGAGCAAACACCAGCUGCAACGCAUAGAGAUGCUGGACAAGCUCCGCCGGCUCUUCCCUGAAUCUGUGGUAACAGUGGCAAUAGAAACACACAGAUUAAAAUAUGGCCGCCUGUGUGACUUAUGCAACCCCAUUCAUAAGAAGUACCAGCUGGCUGUUACCAAGGUGUUUGGCCACUACUUGAAGGCCAUUGUGGUGACUACUGAAAAGGUGGCCCGUGACUGCAUCCACUUCCUCAAGGCAGAGCGAGCCAAUCCUGAGACCUUCCUUCCCAUUGACUAUUUGAUUGUCAGUCCCCUGAAUGAGAGGCUGAGGGAGAUACCAGGUGCCAAGAUGGUGGUGGACGUUGUAACCACAAGUGCUCCUCAAUUGAGGAGAGUAGUGCAGUUUGUGUGCGGCAACGCAAUGGUGUGUGAGACUAUUAAAGAGGCUAGGAGCGUCGCUUUCGACAGGAAGGAGCGCCUUAAGACUGUGUCUCUAGACGGGACCCUGUUUGCAAAGUCAGGUGUGAUCUCUGGAGGUUCCAGUGACCUGAGGACCAAAGCUCGCUGCUGGGAUGAGAAGGACGUUACCAAGCUAAUGGAACGAAAGGAACAGCUCACUGCUGAGCUACGUGAUCUGAUGAGGCUCAAGAGGAAGGAGUCAGAGCUGAAUCAGAUCAUUGCUCAGGCUCAGGGUGCUCAGACUCGCCUCAAAUACUCCAAAAGUGAUCUGGAUAACCUCUGGAAGAAGAACAUCCCUAAAUGUCAAGGAGAUAUUUCUCGUCUGGAGAGUGAAUUGGUAAACCUGGACUCUCAGAUCAAAAUGCAGCUGGAGAGUGUGGAAGCAAAGGAAGGGGCCAUAAAGGGCCUGAGAGACCAAAUUGAACAGACAGAAGACUUGGUAUUCUCUGACUUCUGUGCUGACAUCGGUGUGGACAACAUCAGAGUGUAUGAGCUGGGGCAGUUGAAACAGCAGGAGGAACACGACAAGAAGUGCUUGGAGUUUGAGAUCCAGUGUACUCGCUUGAAUGCCAAGCUGGAGUAUGAACAAGAGCAACUGGAGAAGGAAAAGAAGCAGCUUGGUGAAAAGCAGGUGACCAUCAACAAGGAAGAAAGUGUCAUCGCUGAGAAGCAGAAGGAUGAGGAGAAGCUGCUGGAGGCUGUUGAAGAAGGUGACAAAAAACUACAGGAGAUGAAGAAUCAGCUGCUGGCAAAGAAGAGACAGGUAGCAGCCAUUAAAUCGGAGCUGGAUGAGAAAAUCCUGCACCUCAGAGAGAGUAAGAGAGGGUUGCUGAAAUGUCAGCAAGAAGUGAUGUCUGCAGAGAACAGCUUGGAGUACAACCGUUUAACACGACAUAAUUUGCUGUUGGCCUGCAAAAUCCAGGGUCUACCAGUAACUAUGCUGUCAGGCAAUCUGCAUGACAUCAGUGAAGUGCAGCUGGACACAGAAUCUGAAAGUACCUCAGCCACAAUCAACAUAUAUGAGAGAGAGGCCCAGCUCGUUGUCGACUACUCUUGCCUGGAAACCAAGACCAGGGACAUGCCUGCAGAGGAGGUGGAUGGUUAUCUUGAGAAACAGAGGGAGUCUCUUUAUUCCUUAGAGAAAGAGCUGCAUUGCGCCACCACACCCAAUUUAAAAGCUGUGGAAAAGAUGAGAGAGUUGAAGGACAAGCUACAGGAGCUGAAAGAUGCCUUCAAUGCCUGCACCAGAAUCGUUAGGAAGUGCCACCGGGAGUUUGAAGAAGUCAAAGUUAGGCGCUCACAGCUUUUCAACAAGUGCUUCAAUCAUGUGUCUGUUGCAAUUGACCAGAUCUACAAAAGGAUAUGUCGGAACAGCAGCGCUCAGGCCAUUCUGACCCCAGACAAUCCAGAAGAGCCGUAUCUGGGAGGGAUCAACUACAGCUGCGUGGCUCCUGGGAAGCGCUUCAUGUCCAUGGAAAAUCUGUCUGGUGGGGAGAAAGCCAUCGCCGUCCUGGCACUGGUGUUUGCCAUGCAUAGGACAAACGUUCAAGCCUUUGUGGAGGCUGUACUUCCUGAGGGCCCUUUUUUCAGACCUGCUCCAUUCUUAAUUUUGGAUGAGGUGGAUGCUGCCCUUGACAACUCCAACAUUGGGAAGGUGGCCAGCUUCAUCAGGGAGGAGACCAGAGAGAAGAUGCAGCUCAUCAUCAUCUCCUUGAAGGAGGAGUUCUUCUCCAGAGCUGAUGCCCUUCAGGGAGUUUACUCAGAUUUUGAUGGCUGCAUGAACAGUCGCAUCGUGACGCUGGACCUUCGUCCCUACCCUUUGCUGGAAGGCAACAACGGAACACAUGCAGAUGAAGUUGAGAGAGCACCAUCGACUGGAUUUGAAUGAAUCCUCUACUGGUGGUUUCUUUUUUCCAGCUCUUAACAGUUUGCUAACAAUUACUUCAUUUUUUCAUUGAAGUUGGUUACAAUGAAGAGUUUUGAACAGUUCUGAAGUGAUUGAUUCUGUUAGCAGUCUGUGUGUUUGAAUUCACUCGUCAGUGAAAGUUCUGUCAAAUUAACUGUUCGUUGUUGUUUAGUAAUAGAGGGGGCAGUUUUAAACAUACCAUAAUACUAAUUUGCCCUUCACAGCGCACCAUAUUUAUAGGUGCUGCAUGUUUAUAUAGUAUAAUAUUGCAUGUGUUUUAUAUUACGUUUGAAUCCAAGUUAGGCCUUUAACAUGUACUGUAUGCUCGUCAAUUGACUCGUCGGUGUUGACGUUUUUCAAUUGUGUGUUAUGUCUCGAGUUGGCCAUAUGGGGACGCAAAAGAUCAACUGACCGGAUAUACACGUCAUAAAAUUAAAAUAACUUUCUAACA